AUUUGCUGGAUCCUUCCCAGAAAAAUCUCUACAAAAAUGUGAUGUUGGAAACCUACCUGAACCUCGAAGCUAUAGGCUAUUAUCAGGGAGACCAUCAUCUUGAAGAACGUUGUCAAAUUAGUAGAAGAUGUGAAAGGCCUUUAAGAAGUCAUAGUGGAGAGAAACCCUAUGAAUGUAACCAAUGUGGUAAAGUCUUUGCAAGAUCCAGUCAUCUCCAAUAUCAUAAAAGAACACAUACUGGUGAGAAACCUUAUGAAUGUAAUCAAUGUGGUAAAGCCUUUGCAAGAUGCAGUGAUCUCCAGUAUCAUAAAAAAAAAACACAUACUGGAGAGAAACCUUAUGAAUGUAAUCAAUGUGGUAAAGCAUUUGCACAGCAUCUACAUCUCCAAUAUCAUAAAAGAACACAUACUGGAGAGAAACCUGGUGAAUGUAAUCAAUGUGGUAAAGCCUUUGCAGUACCCAGUCAUCUCCAAAGACAUAAAAUGGCACAUACUGCAGAGAAACCUUAUGAAUGUAAUCAAUGUGGUAAAGCCUUUGCACAGCGCAGUCAUCUGCAAUAUCAUAAAAGAACACAUACUGGAGAGAAACCUUAUGAAUGUAAUCAAUGUGGUAAAGCCUUUGCACAUCGCCGCUGUCUCCAAUAUCAUAAAGGAACACAUACUGGAGAGAAACCUUAUGAAUGUAAUCAAUGUGGUAAGGCCUUUGCAUGUCACAGUACUUUACAAUAUCAUAAAAGAACACAUACUGGAGAGAAACUUUAUGAAUGUAAUCAAUGUGGUAAAGCCUUUGCACAGCACAGUGCUCUCCAAAUACAUAAAAGAACACAUACUGGAGAGAAACCUUAUGUGUGGCAUCAAUGUGGUAAAGCUUUUGCACAGCGCAGUACUCUCCAAUAUCAUAAAAGAACACAUACUGGAGAGAAACCUUAUGAAUGUAAUCAAUGUGGUAAAGCCUUUGCAGUACCCAGUCAUCUCCAAAGAUAUAAAAUGACACAUACUGGAAAGAAACCUUAUGAAUGUAAUCAAUGCGGCAAAGCCUUUGUAGCACACAGUCAUCUCCAAAGACAUAAAAGAACACAUACCGGAGAGAAACCUUAUGAAUGUAAUAAAUGUGGUAAAGCGUUUCAAUGUCACAGUGACCUCAAAAGACAUAAACUGACACAUACUGGAGAGAAACCUUAUGAAUGUAACCAAUGUGGUAAAGCCUUUACAAGACCCACUCAUCUCCAAUAUCAUAAAAGACCACAUACUGGAGAGAAACAUUAUGAAUGUAAUCAAUGUGGUAAAACAUUUGCAAGGCCCAAUCAUCUCCAAUAUCAUAAAAGAUCACAUACUGGAGAGAAACCUUACAAAUGUAAUCAAUGUGAAAAAGUGUUUGCAGCACCCAGUCAUCUCCAAUAUCAUAAAAGAACACAUACUGGAGAGAAACCAUAUGAAUGUAAUCAUUGUGGUAAAGCCUUUGCAAGUCACAGUGUUCUCAAAAGACAUAAACUGAUACAUACUGGAGAGAAACCUUAUGAAUGUAACCAAUGUGGUAAAGCCUUUGCAGGUCACUAUGUUCUCCAAAGACAUAAACUGACACAUACUGGAGAGAAAACUUAUGAAUGUAAUCAAUGUUUUAAAGCCUUUUCACGGCACAGUAAUCUCCAAAGACAUAAGAAAACACAUACUUGA